AUGUUAGGGAGGUCGGCGGGGCGACUGGCGGGGGUCGUGGCGCUGGUCACGGGAGCACUUUGGGGUCCCCCCCGUGUCCUGGUGUCCUGUGCCGGGAUCACCCGCGACCGGAUGUUCCUGGAGAUGGGAGAGCGGGAAUUCCGGGAAGUGCUGGGGGUGAACCUGGAGGGGACGUUCCUGGUGACACAGGAGGUGACAAAGGCCCUGGUGACAUCGGGGGACCCCGGGGGGGCCUCCCUGGUCCUCGUGGGCAGCGUGGUGGCCAAGGUGGGGAAUUUGGGCCAAACCAACUACGCGGCCUCCAAGGGGGGGGUGGAGGGGCUGACCCGGAGCGUGGCCAAGGAGGUGGCCAGGUUUGGGAUCCGCUGCAAUUCCGUCCUGCCGGGAUUUAUCGUCACCCCCAUGACGGACAAAGUGCCCCCAAAAGUGCUGGACAAGUUCGCAGGGAUGGUGCCACUGGGACGACUGGGGGACCCUGAGGACGUGGCAGACGUGGUGGCUUUCCUGGUGUCGGGGGACAGCGGCUACGUCACCGGGGCCACCCUGGAGGUGACAGAAAGUGGCUCUGGAACGACCCCGGCACCCUCCGUCUGCCAAGGUGGGCAGGGCCUUACCAGGCCUCGCUCCCCAACCCGACAGACUCCACACAGGGAACCUGCACCUCCAAAGCUGGAAGGAAAGAGGGCAAAGGCCUCUCCUCCUUUCUUCUGAUAGCCCAGCUUAGGU